AUGAUAUUAAUUAAUAAAACGAAUGGAGUUAAUAAUAUUUCGACUAUUACAUUUCGUAAUAAUUCAUUACCAAGUAAACAAUUAUUAAAUGAAACAACAACUUUGUAUUCAUGGAAAAAAUCAAAUUCUAUUGAAAUACUUAAAAAAUUAAUUGCAAAUCGACAAAAUUUAACAAAAUAUAAUUCAAAAUUAGUAUUGACAAACAAUACACAACAAAUAGCAUUAACAUCACCAACAACAUAUCGCAUUCAAAUAAAACCGAUAGUAAAUAUUUUAAGUACGGCAUUAAAAUUUCAAAAAAUUACACUUAAAAAUAAAUCAACUAUUGAUAUACAAUAUAGUUCAACAAACAAUGCUAGCGUUCUUUUAUUUUCAUCAUUUGAACAAACAAUUCAUAAAAAAGAAUCUUCCAAUAUUAUAAUAUUUGCCAUUAUAUUCGUCUGUGGUUUUAGUCUCUUGGCUUUUCUUACAUUUAUGUGUACAUUCUUUCUUAGACAGCCUAUUAAGAGUGCUUAUACUUACUUCCAAUUGCCUUGUAUACAUACGUUGUCGACAACAAAACAAUCUCGUGACAGUACACCAUUAUCUUAUUCACCGAUUCACAGUAAGCCUCAAAAGGAUUAG